AGAGGAGAAAUAAAGUAUUGUUAUAUCAAAGAAUAACAUACAGAGAGGGAUCACUCAUCCCUCUUCAUCUGUUCUUCAUCUUUUUAGAAACACAGAUAGAAAAAAUAAUACACAUACCUGCUGUUUUUAUAUAAUUAUAUGAUAAAUCUGUCCUUAGGAUAUGAUCAGAAUGGCAUGCACUAUUUGGAUACAUGUGAAAUGAACAAAAAUUAUGAUCUGCACACAUUUAAAUAUGAAAUUGUUCUUCAUAGCCUUUUUUGUUGCGAUUUCAUUGGUCUCUCAUGCUUCGGCUCUAAAGCAAGGACAAACGUGUUUGUUUGAUAAAAACUGCAAUGAUGGUCUACACUGUGAAAAUUGUUUGAUAAGUGGCAAUAUUAGGACUCGCUGUACUCGAAAGAAACCUGUCAUUCCAACUACAGUGGUGCUAGGACUACCGUUUGAUCGGUACUCGUGGCUAACGACACACAAUUCAUAUGCUAAGACAGGUUCAAAUUCAAAGACUAGAACUACGAUUUUAGCUCCAGAGUGCCAGCAGGAUAGCAUUACCAAUCAACUCCAAAAUGGUGUUCGAGGAUUGAUGCUUGAUUUGUAUGACUUUGAAAAUGAUGUCUGGUUAUGUCACUCCUUCGGUGGUCAAUGCUUUGAAUACACAGCUUUUCAACCAGCAAUCAAUGUUCUGAAAGAAGUUCAAGCAUUUUUGGUAUCAGACCCUUCUGCAAUAGUCACCCUCAUUAUUGAAGAUUAUGUUGCAUCUCCAAAUGGGCUAACCAAGUUAUUUGAUGCUGCUGGCUUAAGGCCCUUCUGGUUUCCAGUAUCGCAAAUGCCAAAAGAUGGUGAAGAUUGGCCGUUAAUAGAUGACAUGAUCAAGCAAAAUCAACGUUUAGUAGUUUUCACGUCAAGACCUGAUAAAGAAGCAACUGAAGGCAUUGCUUAUGAGUGGAGUUACUUGGUAGAAAAUCAAUAUGGUGAUCGUGGUAUGAAUGCUGGUAUGUGUCCCAACCGUGCAGAAUCUCUUCCCAUGAACAACAGAACAAGAUCACUGGUGCUGGUGAACUACUUCCCAGAUACACCAAGUAGUACAGAAGCUUGCAAGUCUAACUCUGCUCCUCUGACUGACAUGGUGAACACUUGUCGCGUGGUAGCUGGUAAUAGAUGGCCAAACUAUAUAGCUGUUGAUUUCUACAUGAGAAGUGAUGGAGGGGGGUCCCCUGCUGCUGUAGAUAUGGCUAAUGGAGAGCUUAUUUGUGGAUGCCAAUCGAUUCUAGAUUGCAAGGAAAACUCAACAGUCGGAGACUGUCGUCCUCCACCUGGAGCCCGAAUUAUAAAGAUGGCAAAUAACACCAAUUCUGCUGAUGUGACAUGCAGACCUACUAAACUGUUGUGGUUAUUUGGGGUACUUUUCUUGGCAAAUACCUUGUUUUAACAAAUAUAGAUCCUAAUAUCUCCACUGAACUCCAACUCCUCCAUUAGAAACUCGCAGCAAAUGACAUCUUGCAGAUAAAUGCCUAUCGUUUGUUGUAGUACCAUGUGAAUAUUAAUACAUGAUUCUGUAUAUGACUUCUUCGGCACUUUACUUUGGCGAUAGCAAUUUGACGAUGCUCUGAACUAGUAAUCAUGAGUCUUUGGCGUUUUAGCAGACUGCCGGAUUGGCACUGUACAAAGUUUGGUGAUAUAUUUACUUUGGCACAGUUUGGGACUUUGGUGUCACACACUUAAGUUUGAUGCCAGUGUAUUUGACCAUGAUGCCACUGCUGAGUCUGGAGAUAGACAGAUGAAUACGCGGCUGAUGAAUUAAGUUAGUCAUCGCGAUACAAUCCUUCAGACAGCUGUUGUGGCUGACAGUUAUUUCGUGUAGUCUGGAGUAGUUAACAUUUUGUACUUGGUUUGUUUAACGUCUAACUGAACUGUUAACUACUAGCAUGUAAUCCUAAGAAAGGCAUUGACCUCGUAUUUAUAUUCUUCAA